AUGAAUGUUUUAAAUGAAUCUGAUGAAGAAGCGGAAGAAGAGGACGAAUUUGAUGAAGACGAAUCUGAUGAAGAGCAGGACGAAUCUGAAGAAGAAGAGGACGAAUCUGAUGAAGAGCAACCGCGUACACUGACUCAGACUGGCGGCACUAACACCAUUAAUGCUUCAGGGGCCAGUAAUGUGUCAGGGAACAAUGUGAUUGGUCAACAGACAAACAAUUACAACAGCGCCCCUUCAGUACCGGCCGUGCAUCAUCAUCAUAUCACAACCAACGUGAAUCGAGCCUCUUCAGCUCCAGCUAGGCUGGUUUACAAUCCUCGCCCAGCAGCUCCAAAACGACAGGCUAACACCAUUCCUGGUCCAGCUACGAAACGACAAAAGCUGACGGCAUCAAGAAAGUCUACAUCGAAGGGGACCACCGCAAAACCGAAGGGGACCACUUCAAAACCGAAGAAGACCACCUCAAAACCGAAGGGGACCAACUCAAAACCGAAGGGGACCACCUCAAAACCGAAAGGGACCAACUCAAAACCGAAGGGGACCACCUCAAAACCGAAGGGGACCACCUCAAAUCCAAAAGGAACCACCUCAAAACCGAAGGGGACCCCCUCGAAACCGAAAGGGACCACCUCAAAACCGAAGGGGACCACCUCAAAACCGAAGAAAACUAAGGCACCCAAGAAGAAGGCGCCAAAGACAGCGAAAAAGCCCAAAGUAACACAAAAGAAACCUCCUAAAGCUAAACAACCCAAAACACGAAAAUCCAAAACUUCUCGACAGGCGCGACCUAAGAAAAAGCCAAAAAGAUAAAAAGAGAAAUAGGUUGUUGGAGUUUUGAUACCUGUAAAUACUGUCCAAUGCAGCUUAUCAAUAUUUCUGCUUUACAUUAUACCAAAAUUUCGUUAGGAUAUUUUCCCCUAAAAAUAGAAUUAAUCGUAUCUCAACGACAUUGCAUUUACAGAACAGUGUUCUUUUCCUCUCUUUUGUGUACGCUAAACUCUCAUGAAUAUUUUUUUUAACAUUAUUUAAUUAGGUUGGUUUGAAGAUGAUGAUGAUGGGAUCAUGUUUUUAAUACAUUGCAGAUUACUAAAGAAACAGAUACAUCACCCAGAAAUUACCAUUGCAUAAAUACCGUUAUUAUGUUAAAUUGUUUUAUUAUGUAAAGUCUGUUAAAUUCUCU